AGCCUUUAACGGUCGUCACGUCGGACGUCAGUUGGGUGAGUGUUUUGAAAGGAGAUGACUCGGUAGCUGGCGAGCGGUUGGGAUUAUACUACAUAGGAAGACGUAGACGGCUAGAUUAUGAACGGUGAACGAUCCAGAGCGGACUCCCCCCUAUAUGGGUGAUGGCAGCACGUCUGCAGUCAUAUGACAGUAACUCCAGCGACACCGAAAACUGGGAGCGAAACGCUACGAGCCGACCUCGCAAAUUCUACAAGCAUUCGAGCAGCAGUCAGGCCCGAGCAUCUCGAGUGGAGGGAGAACAGAGGAAGAUGAGCCUGCAUGGUGCCAGUGGGGGCUGUGACCGCUCACGUGACCGCCGCCGCUCCAGCGAUCGCUCCAGGGACUCCUCACAUGAGAGAGAAGGCCAGCUAACUCCCUGCAUUCGCAACGUCACCUCACCCACCCGCCAACACAACAGUGAACGUGAACGAGAUGGUGGUCCAUCAUCGAGGCCUAGUAGUCCACGGCCUCAGAGAGUCUCACCCAGUGGUUCCAGCAGCAGUGGAGUUGUGAGCAGUCGCAACAGUAGCUUGUCCAGUACUGAAGGAACUUUCAAAAGCUUGGGAGUGGGAGAAAUGGUCUUUGUCUAUGAGAAUCCUAAAGAGGGAGGCGCAAGUGCCACAGUUGCAAACCGAAACAUCAGGACCUCAGAGAGAGUUACUCUGAUUGUUGACAACACACGCUUUGUAGUAGAUCCUUCCAUCUUCACUGCACAACCCAAUACCAUGUUGGGCAGAAUGUUUGGAUCUGGAAGAGAACAUAAUUUCACUCGGCCCAACGAGAAGGGGGAGUAUGAGGUGGCCGAGGGUAUUAGCUCAACGGUUUUCAGAGCAAUUCUGGAUUAUUAUAAAUCUGGGAUAAUCCGUUGUCCUGAUGGAAUCUCCAUCCCUGAGUUGCGGGAGGCGUGUGACUAUCUAUGCAUUUCCUUUGACUACAGUACCAUCAAAUGCAGAGACCUCAGUGCCCUGAUGCACGAGCUUUCCAAUGAUGGAGCUCGGCGUCAAUUUGAGUUUUACCUCGAGGAAAUGGUUCUGCCUCUGAUGGUGGCCAGUGCUCAGAGUGGAGAGAGGGAAUGUCACAUUGUAGUCCUUACUGAUGAUGAUGUGGUGGACUGGGAUGAAGAAUAUCCACCGCAAAUGGGAGAAGAGUAUUCACAGAUCAUUUACAGCACAAAACUGUACAGAUUUUUCAAGUAUAUUGAGAACCGAGAUGUUGCCAAAUCAGUUUUAAAGGAGAGAGGAUUGAAGAAAAUAAGACUGGGCAUUGAAGGUUAUCCGACAUACAAAGAGAAGGUCAAGAAAAGACCAGGAGGUCGCCCAGAGGUCAUUUACAACUACGUCCAGAGGCCCUUCAUCCGCAUGUCCUGGGAAAAGGAGGAGGGUAAAAGCCGCCACGUGGAUUUCCAGUGCGUUAAGUCCAAGUCCAUUACCAACCUGGCAGCGGCAGCAGCAGACAUCCCUCAAGACCAGCUGGUGGUGUUGCACCCUGGUCCCCAAGUGGAUGAACUGGACAUCCUGCCUAAUCAUCCACCCAGUGGGAAUCACUACAGCAACAACUACAGCAACGAGCCUGAUCCAGAUGCACCUUCACCUGCUGUCUGAGGACACACUCAGACGUCUUUCAAUGCCUCUGCCCCUCUCCUAUUCUUCUAGUUCUACUCCCAGCAUGCUGCAGCAUGGAGCGCCAGGGGCACCAUAACCAUAUUGCCUUGACACCUCCUUUGCAGCCUUAGAGCCUCAAGAACCUGGAUGACUGUAGGAAAAAAGAAAAGCAAAGAACAUGAGACUGGUAAACAGAAGAGUUCACUGUUGUUUUCAUUUUGUUUUUUUACUUGACCAAAGGAAUUUAUUUUUGUUUGGGGGGGAGGAAGGGGGGGUCAGUAAACACAUAGUAUUAACAUUAUUAUUUACUAUAUUAUUGUACCUUAAUUUGAUGGGUUUGGCUGAGCACUUUUGUGGUGUCACUGUUUUCUCACAGGUUUUAUUUCACUGAUCAUUUUGAUUUUGAUUCUCUUGGGUGGCCUAACUACUAAAUGUGCAUUUAUGGGAAGAAUGCAAGACUCGCUAACAAGAAAAUCCGACGUUCUGGUCAUGGAUAAAAUCAGUUAAUCACCACUUAGUGUCAUGACCACCAGCUGAACUCCUCUCAGAUGUCUUUGAAUCUUGUACCGGGAUAUGUAGUCAUUGGCUGGAUCUGAUAUGUGAUGUUAUGCUCCUCCCACAGCCAAGAUAUUAAGCAGAGCACAAGCUGUUGUGGUCAGAAUCUUUUUGUGCAAAGCUUGAAAUUGUUGUUUAAAAAUAAAACAAACAAACAAACAAAAAAAAUCCUGAAAUAAAGGUAAAAAUAAACA